UGCCAAGAAUUCGUGGAAAAGUGUCAUUUGGCAAUUCUGUCCACAAACUCCUGCGCUGAAUGGAUGCCGAGGUACAGCUUUUUGAACGAGGCGCGCUCUCAUUGGUAGUUGAGUAUUAUGGGUAUUUAUUUACCUGUGUGGUUUACGGGUCGGAAUGCGAAUGUUUGAACUUUCCCUAACUUCGCCAACCACUGCUAAAAAAAAAAAAAAAUUAUGUGGAAACCUGAGGAAUUGGAAAUGAAAAAUGAACAUGUGAAAAUAUUACCCCAUCCAAGGUUUCAUUUUUUUCAUACCCUUCCCCUCCCCAUCUCCCAGAUUUCCAUUCUAACAUCUCUUACCCUUCCUCAGUGAAUCACUGUGGCAUCCUGGUAUUUGUUUCUCUCUCUGUUCAUUCCUUGCACCAACAUUUCCUUCAUUUUCAUUUUCUACCAGGCGCCGUGGCCCGCGAAUCCCCUCGCAACAGUGAGUUGCCAGCACGCUUAGGGAGGAUGAAGCGGGCACAGGAGGAGCCCUUCGCCCUUCUGUCUUAUUCCACACAACAGGUUCACUAACAACAGCAGGAAGUUCAACACUUGCUGUCGUCUGACAGCCAUCCUGGAAUCUGGCCUUUCCAAAUAAUGGCUGCGGCGUCACUUACAGGAAGUCUUCACUUCCUGUCACGUUCUUCUGACCUCCUCCCUAAACACACGCUCACAAACACAGUCAUGGCGAAAGUCUUGCCGCCACCACCGCUGCUGCUGCUACUCCUGUCGCUAAGUCCUGGAACUGCACCAAGCCACACCCUGGCCCUGGAUUGCAGUUCUGCAGACGCAAUAGUAAAGGAAAAAGAAAGAAAAGUAAUAGUGAAGGUACCCUUUGAUGAAGUAAUAUACAACAUAAUUCUGUUUGUGAAGCCUGAAAGUGACUUUGAGGGCGUCCGGCUCGAUGUGCAAGAACGAGACGGCACUAACCAUACUGCCUGGUUACCUGCUGUAUGUGUCCCGCGCGAUGGAACGUGGCGGGAAUUCCUGGUGUGGGCAGGGUUAACCAAGACCAAGGUUGCCUUGCGCUUUAGGACUGGUAAAUGCAGGAAAUGGUGUGAGACCAAAACUCCCAAGCAUUUCCCCAUCAGUGUCACCGUGGUGGCUUAUGGCUCUUCUAGGUGGAUAAAAAGAUACAUGACCAGUAACUGUAACGUCACCAAGGCUUCCAAACCCGAUCCUGAACUACUGCCUAGAUGUCAGAAGCCUCCAUCCACCAAAACCAUUACCACCACGACCCCCGCUACUCUUAAGCUGACGCAGUACAAGAUAACAAUAACAGCGGCAUCAGCAGCAAUAGUAGUGGUGGUGCUGGUAGUGGUGGUGGUGGUCUGCUGGAGGCGAAAUUCUGUGACAUUACCAAAUGAGGUGACGUUCCGGUCCCAGCCUGCUGUUCCCAACCACCACCUGCAGUUCACCACUGGCCAAGGACAAUCCCUAGAACAAGACGAUGAAUGUUUCUAUUACGAAAUCAUGCCUGACCUCACAGCACGCCGAGUGAUGGUGUCGCGGCCAGCACAGUUCCAGCCUACUGUCCCCAACCACCGCUAUAUGCAGUUCAUCACUGGCCAGGGACACACCCCAGACCAAGACAAUGAAUGUAUCUAUUACGAAAUCCUGCCUGACCUCACAUCACAUCGAGUGAUGGUGUCGCGGCCUGCACAGGAUUUAGAGGAACCGAUCUGCAAGUCUGAACAUGACGUACAGCUUCGAUCACCUGUCUAUGGAAAUGUGCUUCCUCGAGGUAGCAUUGCCUCCCUUCACUGGCACCUGGAGGAUGAAGGAGUCAGUAGGUCAAACAUCUCCACGGUGCCGUAGGCAACAUGCACUGCAGGUUAAAAAUACAACCAGAAGGCUGUAAGGAAACCAAAGCAGCAGCAUUGGACAGGCUCCUUCCUUGAAGUGUUUACAAUAGAUGUUUAGUGAUUUGCUUAGCUAGGCUUAUUUAAGUAAAACUAAUAUUUGUUUUUUCGUUGGCUUGUCCAAGAGUGGCCUUGGUUGACUGCUAUAGCCCAGUAACCAGUGCGUACUCCCUGCUGUGGCUCCGAACCAAUGUGCAUUCCAACCCAAAACAAUGUGUAAAAAUUUUGUAUAAUGAUGUUCUGUGCUGUGGACAAUUAUCAGGGUGAUGUUUCUUCCGAUGCCUCGGCCGUGGUGAUUUAGCAUUUUUCUUUGUUGUUGUGAUUAUUAUCUAUUGUUGAUGCUGUUGUGACUAUUAUCAUUUAAAUCAUUAUAAACAGCUAGAAGGCAAAAAUAAUGAAGUGAAAAUUCUGACUCAAGUAGUUUUGAAUAAUUAAAUAGAAAAUUUGAAGAGUUAUAUUUCCCUCUAAAUGUUAUUGUUGCGGCUCGGCGUAUGGUUGGCAGCGAUGGCAAUAGUGAAGAUGCGUUGCAACAGCUACCAGAUCCAGGUGGACGAAAUGGCGCUGGUUGGUUGGAGCGACAGCCAACCAGAAAAGAGCCAAGCUUAUAUUAAUGUUGCAAACGCCGGAAGAAGACAUUAUACCCAAACCUAAAAACAUACAUCAUGGACAACACGGACACAUAUUCUAAUACUACAACACAACGUCAGACACUGAAGUACAAUCAAAACAACACUCACCAACAUAUAUAGAGAAGCAAACCCAGACAUUAUCCUUUUAAACAGUCAUGGCCUGAAAAAUAUCGCAAACAUAAAAAUACACAUCUACACAACAUAUCUUAUAAAUUCCAGUGACUAACCACACGACGGCUCAGCAAUUUUAGUUAAACAGCAUCUGAAACAUAAAGUAAAAGAUAAAUAUGACACAGAUAUAAUACUAUUAACUGUUGAAACUACAACAAGAUCUAUAAACAUAGCCACCAGUUACUUACCCCCCGAGAAGACCAUUCUUGCCAAUUACAGACUUCCACUGCACAGCUUCAGAAACAUAUCCAACAUAUAUAAUAGGGGGCUUAAAUGCUUAAAUGCUAUUUUACACAACCAUUCAAGCACGCUACAAUAAUACUCAUCCCCAAACCGAACAAACCAACCACUUACGCAAUUAACUACCGACCAAUAUCAUUUCUAGAAGUACCUGGAAAAUUUUUUUAGGAAAUAAUCAAUAAAAGAACCAAAACAUUGCUUGAAUCAAAUAAAAUCCUACCAGACUCCCGGCAUAGAUUUAGAACAGCAAGAUCCACAGACAAAGCAUUAGCAACAACAAUAGAAACAAUCUCAAAAGCUUUAUUAGACAAAAACAAUGUUGCAUUGCACUCAGGGACGUCUCAAAGGCGUUUGACAAGGUGUGGCUAAGUGGAUUAAAGUAUAAGCUUAAUCAAUUAAAAUUACCCAGCAUCCUUAACAAGGAAUUAAGCAGCUUCUUAGACAAUGGGUCAGCAUCCCUAUCACUAAAUAACUACAUUAGCCCACCAUUCCAACUUCACAGUGGGGUACCACAGGGGAGUAGUAUCUCACCCACACUUCACUAUACACUCACAUGAAUAUCAGACAUCGAUCAUACUACAUUUUACUUAUUUAUGAAUUAAAUCAGUUAGACAAACGCGCACGACAUUCCAACACCACUCACAGACAGCACAAAUAUCCAAUACGCAGACAUCACACAAAUCAUCACAUAUGCAGGUAAAUUAAAAAACAUGUGAGCAAAGAGAAAGAGAAAUAAAAACAAUAACUACGAAAACAAAUGGAAAAUUAAAACAAAUACAAAAAUUCACAUUACUGCCUAUAACAAUAAAAAAAAAGAUGAAAUCAGUCACCAUAGACGGGAACAACAUAACAUACGCAAAAGAUGCUAAAAUACUGGGGCUUAAACUAGUCACAAACGGAUACUCAAAACACAUAAAAGACCUCACAAACAAAGCACAAAUAACAUUAACCACCAUUAGAAGAUUCGAUGCACUAAAAACAUCAAACUAUACCUUGUAAAAGCGUGUGUACUACCAAUACUUACUUACUUGCUUACUAAUACUUGCUCUAAACCCAAUCUCUACAUCACAUUUACUAUCAUGAUAACGACAACAAAACAAAGCACUACCCUUCGUUUAUAAUGAAAAAUACCCACAUGAAAAAAUACCGCACUCGCAAAACUAGACCCAAUCAAUAAAAUACUAUACGCAAGGGGAAACUAAAUCAAACACAAACUAAUACACAUACUCAAGGACUUCACGUACACAAGCACAAUACACGAGCACGAACAGGGAAGGAAACACGCCUGGUUCAAGAAACCAAUCAACACUAUAUCAAAGGCAUCACCGAGACCAUUAUACACAUAAACCUUUCAAAAUUAAUGCUAUUCAUACACUCACAUGACUAUCAGACAUUGAUCAUACUAUAUUUUAUUUAUUUAUGAAUUAAAUCAGCUAGACAAACGCAACUCAAUUAUUUUACACUAACUCUCAAAACUAAUAUUAAAAUAUAUUAUCAUUCAACAAUGACGGUUAUUCCGUUAUUCUUCACUCUGCGACUUUCCUUCAUAUCUUCACCCAACCUUUCAUCUUCUACUGUAUACCGUCUUCUUUCACCCCCUGUCUAUCCCCCGUAACUUAACUCAAAUCAUUCCGGAGACUAAGGCUGAGACUGAGACAGACUGAGACAGACUGAAAAAAAUUAGCAGUGUGGUUAAGCCUACACACUUUCUUCUGCUAUCUUUCACCCCAUUCUUUUCACCCUAUCUUUCCCUCGUUCUAUCUCCUCUCCUCUACUUAACCCACCCUUUCUCUUUCCGAUUCCGAAGGAGACAGUGAGAGGUAGAUAACAAGAACGCAGGUCUACGUGACGCCACUCCCCUGACCCGUCUGUGUCACGUCACCGCCGUGUAUCAGAGGCGCAGAGAGAGAGAGAGAGAGAGAGAGAGAGAGAGAGAGAGAGAGAGAGAGAGAGAGAGAGAGAGAGAGAGAGAGAGAGAGAGAGAGAGAGAGACUAUUCAUGCCUCACGCCCGUACUGGGUUAUCAGCAGUGCAAAGAGGACACUGUUCCGGCACUGUCGCCGCCGCAGCGCUACCAGCAGAGCUGAGAGACAAGUACAUGUAGGCGUGUGCGUGCCUUGUCUGGCCACUACGAAAACUAGUUGUAACCUUUGGUGUUAGCAGUAGUGUGAUAUAACCGUAAGACAGUGACUGGCGCGGUUUCUCGGUGCAUUGUGUUGUACUGUGUUCUGUAGCAACGGUGGGUUGCUCGGUGUGACGUUGUACUGUUGUGAUCUGAAACUGUGUUUCUGUAAAUAAAGACAAGAGAACUC